CACUGCACUUGCUUGGGGAGAAGUGGGGGGGGGGGGUGCAUUGUAUGCAUCAUACAAGUACAUCACUUUGGAGAAAGGCCAAAAAUUCCCCCAGGUAUGGUAUUUAAAGGCAGGGGCGGACUGACAACUCAUGGGGCCCCGGGCAAUAGGGGAUCAUGGGGCCCCUGUGUCCUUGCCCAAACUCAAAAAAGCCUAUGAAAAAGAUAUCAGGGGCAUCUUAUGGAGCCCCCUACUGACCCCGGGCCCUCGGGCAGUGUCCGAGUUUCCAAAUGGUCAGUCCGCCCCUGUUUAAAGGUAUUUAAUUUGUGCAUUU